UUAUCAAUAAACAAUACGUUUUGGAAAAAAAAGUCUUUAUAAAAAAUCUCAAGAAAUCAGCAAAGAAGAAACAUUGAGUCGCUACCUUUAAGAAAAUCAAAAUCGCCACGAGGAGGAUAGUUUUGCACACGGUACGCCUUAGAAUGGUUACCAAUCCUUUAUCAAAAUUACCUUCAAUAUUAGCCAUGUGCAAUCCUACGACGUCAUCUACGAAAGCUGCUACUGGUCUCAUCCACUGGGAGAGCAAGAGAGCUCGUCAUGUGGGGAGGAACAAUGAUCAUCAUUGUAUAUUCAAAGUACUAAAAUGCAGUUCUCAGCAACUUUGCAUUCUCUGUUUCCUGCUGUAUUAUUUCGCUGUUGGACAUUGCAUCGCAGCUCCUGACAACACUCAUCCUCUAGAAACUACUCCCCAACCUCCCCCCUCAUCCGGAAAUAUUCAAUGUUACGGAGAUUCCUGUUAUUUGAAGAUUGAGUCAAAUGCUGAGGCGUUAAAAAAAAUGUCCAGCGUCAGUGAACAUCUCUUCGGUUCUUACGCUACAGUAAACAACACAGAGCGCUCAAUCAACGAAGAAGGACUUGAAAAAUUUUUGAGUGACCUUGGACUUUUCAAGGACGAACAUGAAGGUCAUGACCAUGAAAAUCAUGAAGGUCACGACCAUGAAGGUCACGACCAUGAAGGUCAUGAUCAUGAUGAUUAUGAUGCAUUCGUGUGGGACGACUCGGUAGAUUAUACAGAAUUUAAUAAAGGGGUUUUCGGAAAUUCGAAUAACGAUUUCGCUCAGGCCAACGAAACGCACACUCGAAGGAAGCGAUCUGAAGAUGAUAAUGAACUACCGUGCAUAUCAUCAGUUAAAGAUCUUAUGAAAGCAUAUUUUCAACCAAGGUCAUCCAACGACCUUCACAUGACCUUGGGUGACUUUAUGACCCUGAUCCCAGAGAUUUUACUCAACAUAAAGAGACCUGAGUGUAGAUUGGAGAGGGAGUCUGAUCACGCUGAGGAAAGGAAGGAGAGUGAACACAAAAAAAGCAAAAUCAUGAUUGAACAUACAACAAGAAAUAUCUGGCUUGUAUCCUUUGGAUCUGUCCUUCUAAUCAGUUUAGUGAGCUUACUCGGGGUCAUGCUCAUUCCUCUUAUCGGUCACUCGCAUAUCUUGAAUAGAAUCAUCGCGUUUCUUGUUGCACUUGCUGUUGGAACUCUUGCUGGAGAUGCAUUGUUGCAUUUACUACCUCAUGCUUCCGGGGCUCACGAUCAUGGUAAAGGUCACGAAGGUCAUAACCAUGGCAAAGAAGAAGAAGACAAAGAUCAUUUUGAUUCUAUGUGGAAAGGGCUUGUUGCAUGUGCUGGAAUUUAUGUGUUUUAUGUCUUAGAGACUGUCAUGGGUUUCAUCCAUAAGAAAAAGCACAACAAGAAGCAUCAUCAUCACACCCACACACACAAUCAUUCCUGUAAUGCUGAUUCACCAAGUUCUUCUUCACCAUCAAGAAAUAAUACAAAAGUCAGAGAUUCCACUGUGAUCUAUUCGCCAAGUGAGUCACCUCUGCUUAGAAUUCACAGUCCUAAUGGGAAGAUACCUAAUGGAGAUUGUAACACACUGAGUCCUGUACCCGUGGUUGCUGUCAACGGAAUCUCCCAUGCCCAUCAUGAACAGAAUGGUACAGCUAAUGGUCAUGGACAUAAGCAUGUGAUAGACAUGGAUGAAGAACCAUUAGAAACUGGCCACCAUCACCACCAUUCUCAUGAAGUCCCAAAGACAAUUGCAAGUCUUGCUUGGAUGGUGAUUGUAGGAGAUGGACUGCACAAUGUUACGGAUGGCUUAGCAAUAGGUGCAGCAUUCACCAGUAGUAUUGGAGCCGGCCUCAGCACCUCACUUGCGAUAUUUUUUCAUGAAAUCCCGCAAGAACUUGGCGAUUUCGCGAUUUUACUCAAUUCUGGAAUGACUGUGAAACAGGCUCUGCUAUGCAAUUUCUUAUCUGCCUGUCUGUGCUUUGUUGGACUUAUCAUUGGCCUCAUUGUGGGUGAAUACACGAGUGGUAUCAUACUUUGGAUUCUUGCGUUCACUGCUGGAGGGUUUCUGUACAUCGCCCUGGUCGAUAUGCUUCCAGCUAUGAUGAAGCAACUCGAUCACAAAGAUUGUUACAAAAGAUUUCUAAUCCAAAAUGUUGGAAUACUCUGCGGUUAUGGACUCAUGGUUGUAAUCGCCCUGCAAGAAGAUGCCUUCAGCAAUUAUUUUUAAAUGUGGACACUUGAGGCAGUAAGAACUUUUUUGUGAGGCAAUUACUUUCCCCUCAACGAUUUUUAGUGGAAACUUAGUCUGUAUAAGAGCUUUUGUGUAUUGAAAUAUCUACUUUAUAUUUUAUAGGGUAAUUCCCCCCCUUCCUGUUGAUUUUUUGAUGUCGAUACUUGAGGCAGUAUAGAGCUAAAAACUGAACUGAAAAAAAUUAUAACUCAUCUCAAAAUCCCCCUCCUUAAAUAACGUAUCAUUUAAAAUUAUAUGCAGUAUGAAUGCUAGAGUCCUAUCUGUCUACGAAAAGGGAAAAAAAUCACAAAACACAAAUUCAAAACUCGACCAAUUGGUCCCUUUAAUCGGGAUGUCCAAGCAAAUACUAUAUACUUGAACACUUGAGGCACUAGAAAGUUUUUUCUUAGUACGAAUGGGAGACAAGAAAUAUAAUACACAAAUAUAAAACUUGUCCUUCCUCAAGAUAAUACUGCUUUGCCUGAACACUUGGGCCCCUAGAAACUUAUUUUUCCACAAAUUGGGGGGGGGGGGGUAAAUUUCGAUACACUAAUAUAAAAUUCAUCAACAUGUCUAGGAAUGUACUGUGCAGUUU